CACGAUUAAGAAAGUCACUUUCGUACUUUAUUAUUAAAACUUCCAUUCUCAUUAAGGAAGAUUAUAAGACAUCAACAAUGAAAAAACAAGUUUACGGAUGAUUUCCUUCGGAAAUUAUUAAUUUGUAUAAGUGCACUCUGAAACUUUCUUGUGGAUUAAAAAAAACUGAUAACUGAUACUAAUAGAAUUAAUCGACCCACGCGUUAACUGAAUCAAAAUAUAAAAUUAAAAAUUUGCAAACCACAAUUUAACGUGGAUUUUAGAAAUAUUGGCUGAUUAAGGUGCAAGAGAUGUCUGCCGAAUUGAAUUAAGUGAUACGACUCAACGAUUGCUACGUGCAUUUCGUGAAGCGCUACGAAAUCCUGUUUGAGAAAAACAAAGUGAUUCAUCGGUGAACGAGAUAAUAUCUGCAAAUGUGGAAUUAUCGAGACAUUCCUCGAAUUUUCGCGAAAAGUGCAUCGAAGCGAAUUCUUCGACAAGUCUCUCUUGCCGUCGAUGCACAAAAUUCUAUGAUUUAUCCCGACAAUGUGGAAGUGACACGCUUAUAAUUGGUCUCGCGUGCUUAUGCGAACAACUAUGCAACUCGUGGUGGUGAGAGGGACGCGAUGACAAAAUUCAGAUGCAGCGAGACCGACGAGAAGACUAACGACAGGUGAUUAAACAGUUCACAGAUUACCAUUGUUGAAGCUAUUGCGACAGAGGAUUCGGAUGGCAAAGCGGCUCGCGAUUCGUCGUAAAACAGCGAUACAUCGAAAAAGCAUCUACGCCGAGCUCUCUACGCGAAGACGAUAAAACCAAUUCGAUUCUCUCUGUGAAACACGAUUGAGGAUAAUGUGCAGAGCGAAAUAUAGAUCGAGUAUAACAAGGGAUCGACGUUAUGAUACCCGGACUCAUUCGGAGAUCUUUUGACUUUGAAAGACAACGCGAAAGCGACUCCUCGAGCCGAUAUCUGACAACAAAGUUGUUAAAUUCGAGGGGCUCGAAGAUACGGCCAAUAUUGAAACAAGCAGGAAAAACGGAUAAACGAAGACGGAGGAGCUGGCUAAAGUGAAAAUGGUAACGUGAAAAGGGGCGGCGGGAUCGAAGAGCAGUGCAAAACCGGGACGAAGUGGUUCGAGAAUUGCGAGACUGAACGAUGGAAAUGAACUCGACGACGACGACGGUCGAUCUCAGUUAUUACAAUGUUAGCAAGUUCGCGCAGAACUUCAGCGGCAACGACAGCAACGACGGUGGACCGGUCGAGUGUAAUGAGCAGAUCAACACUAACGGCCUGUCCGACUUCAUCGUUUAUGGCAUAUUCAUCAACCUGAUCGGUCUCUUCGGGAUCUUCGGCAACGCAAUCUCAAUGAUUAUCCUGUCGCGGCCGCAAAUGAAGUCGUCUAUCAAUUAUCUCCUGAUUGGACUGGCCAGGUGCGACACGGUGCUGAUCAUCAUCGCGGUAUUGAUUUACGGAUUGCCGGCGAUUAGCACGUACACUGGCCUAUUAUUCGAUUAUAAAUUUAUUAUCUAUCCGAAGAUCAUCAGGUACCUGUAUCCAUUAGCUUGCAUAGCGCAAUUUGUGACGGUGUACCUGACGUUAACGGUGACCUUAGAAAGGUACAUCGCGGUCUGCCAUCCGCUGAAAGCCAGAUCCUUCUGCACUUAUGGACGGGCGCAAGUGGCACUCGUGCUUAUAGUAAUCUUCGCCUUUAUUUACAAUCUACCCAAAUUCUGGGAAAUCUCGACGUACACCGAGAGACAUUGGAAGUAUAAUAUCACAGUGUACUGUGUCUCUCCGACGGAAUUGAGGAGUAACGAUUAUUAUGUCACCUUGUACAUUCACUGGAUGUACUUCUUCGUGUACUACAUGUUCCCGUUUAUCGCGCUGGUGAUUUUUAACAUGGCCAUUUAUCAACGGGUGAGUAACGUGAGAAAAGCAAACAGAGAUUUCCAACAGCUGUCGCGUCAUCAACGUCGCGAGAUCGGGCUGGCGACUAUGCUUCUAUGUGUAGUAGUGGUGUUUCUGAUCUGCAACAUUUUGCCCCUGGUCUCAAACGCGUACGAAACAUUCAUCGAGGAUCCAUCACAUUGGAUGGUGCAAUUCGGCAACUUGCUGGUAACCAUCAACAGCAGCAUCAACUUCAUCAUCUACGUGAUCUUCGGCCGGAAGUUUAAGAGGAUAUUCCUUAAGCUCUUCUGCUCGUCCAGGUUAUUUGUACCUGGACGAGACAGUCCAGAAUUUCAGACGUAUGAUGAGUCUAUCAUCACCAACACGACGAACAUCGAGUUAAGAAACUCAGUCAGGCACGGUCAUCUCAAUCGCGCCAACACCAUCAGCUGGAACAACAACGUGUCCAAUGGCAGUACCAGACAGAGUCUGAAGAGCGGUAGACCGGCCAGUCCCGGUUCCUGCGUCUAUUAUCCGGCCAGGACUCCAGCGAGGAGUCCCAGUCAAAUGUCGAGGACCUCGAACGAUAGAAACAGUUGGAAUAGAAGAGAAAAUAGCGAUUCCACGCUGUAGUAGAUAACAUUAUUCCUCGCGUUUAUUAGCGAAAUUUUAAUUAGCUAAAUAUUUUAAUCAAAUUUCAAAAACGUCCAAGUAGUGAGAGAGAAAAAAACAAAUUGUAAUUCUAAUGAGCAACAAAUACAAGCAAAGCACAUUAAAAUUGGUGAGAUAUAAAGACAGUUUUUCAUUUUUUUAUCUGUUAAUUUGCUAAAGUGAACUCAACUUAUAAUAUCUUAAUUUUUUGUCGAGAAUUUUAAUUGAUCAAAACAGAUGAAACAAAACAUAUGAGAGUACCAUGUUAUCAUAUAUCAUAUGUAUAAGUACUUGCAGCGUUUUCCGAUUUAUUUGAUAUAUUAAUAUUUUUAAUUAAUAAUUUGUAGCUAAAAGUGCUAAGAACAUCAAAAAGGAUCGUAGCUGAUAUAACGAAUAAUUAGUUUGUCACUCUCUGUGAAUUAUUUAUUACUAAAACAUUAUCUCUGAUCAGAAUUGGAACAAAACAAUCCGAAGAAGUGAAACGAUUAAUAGACGACUAUUUUAAAAUAAACAACAAUCAAUAUUCUUUUUUUAUUAUCCAAUCAGGAAUCUUGUGGAGAAUCUUAAUCAGGUAUUGAGAAAAUUUAUAAGUCAAAAAAUAAUUCAUUUAUCAAGGAACAAUUAAUAUAAAAACUUUUCAUAUGUAUUAUUCCUAAAAUCAUCUCAACAGUUCACAUCCAGUUCUUGGAUCUUCGAAUUCAAACAGAUGGAAUAAUGUAAAAACGAGAUUCCACGGUGCGGUGGACAAUUGAUAUUAUUGUUCUCUUGGGAAGAGCUCGGACCAAUCCUCUUCAUGUUCGAACUUCGAUAUAAGAAAAAGGAUCGUUAAAAAUAACAGUCUUCUAUCGCGGAAGAGUUUAUAAAGAGCACUUCUUGCAGCGAUGACCUUUUUCAAGUGAUUCCGAAUAAGUUCCAUAUUGCUUCCGACGAUUUAAUCAAACAAAAGAAACUGAUACUAUAUAAGUUUUGAUGCAGCAACCUGAAUAGUACUUUGAAAAGACAGACUAGAAUUACAUUAAAUAAUUAUGCUGCAUAAUGUUUCUGUCGCUUUUUUAUUGUUUUUUUAAUAAUUAGAAGCAUGUAUAGCACGAUAUAUCAGCUUUUGAUAGAUGAAGCAAUAGAAGAUUUCUCUUUUUUUAUGAUAAAAGCACUACAUAAUAAAUGUAUAAAGCGGAAAAUAAAAUCAAAAUUGAACUUUUAAAAGCUUCGUUGCGAAAGAGAGAAAGAGGGAAAAAAUCGAGUAAAUCAUAUUAAACCAUAGUUAUAAAUUUGACUUAAAUAGUAUAUUUUAUAUAAGUAGAGAAUGACAUCUUGACAUCUGUAAAUAAGGUAAAACAUAGGCAAACAAAAAGCUUUCAAAAUGGAAAGUUUAACUUCAUUGAAAAAGUGUUAUACAAAAGAGAAGUUAAAAAGUAAUUCGCUAAUACGGAUCUGCCAGGAAGUUUCGCGAACUGAGAAGUUUCAGCGAGUUGAUCACAUACUUAGCUCUCCUGAGGAAAUAAAUCGGAUUUCGUCGAAAGUACAGAAGUCAAGAGUAUGACAUUCCCUUGGGGGACUUUCGUAGGAAGGCCGCAGAGAAUGCUGCAUAUCUCUUACGUUUUCUCGCGAACUAUUGCUCUUCAAAACUUGCAUACCGAUCAGUCUCAAACGACGUUAACUUACAAAGGAGAAAUUUUAUUACCCUAUGAUCAAUGAAAGUCGCUAUUGACACUACUUUCAGCAGGCUUCAACAAUUUUUCGAGACAAAGUAAAAAUAUUAAAAAUACGUCGCAAUUUUCUCAACAUCUUUUAAGCAUAGUUUGAAAGGGAUAAUUUAGAAGAUAUAUUUUUCUCUUAAAAACUCUCUAUAAUAAUCGGUAAAUCUAUAAUAAAAAAUAAAUUUACAGAAUUUUCUAUAUUUUUCAGAAACUUCAAAUAUUUUUCUAAAUUUAUCUUCGCGGAACGGAAGAUCGACACGAUCACACUGUAAAUAUUUUCUUUUAUUUAGAAAUGUAAAUUUAAAAGAACGAGGAUGAGAUGAAGCAAAAUGAAAAGAAUGAAUGCACUAAAACGCCAAAGAAAUAUAGAUAGUAUACUAUUAUAGACCUUAUUUAAAAUAUAAAUGUUAGCUUUCUAAGUUUCAUGAACAUAUAAUGUAAUAUCUGCACUGAAAAAAAUUACAUUUACCAUACGCGAGCGGAAAUAAAUAUAUAUGUAUUUUGAAAAAAAAAUUAGAAUUACUACAAAAAUUAGACGUUAAUAUAAGAGAAUUGUAAAUAUAUUUCUAUUUAUAAAUUAUCAAAUGAUAUCCAUGCCGACUUUAAAUAUACCUUCUCCCUCCUGCUAUGUAAAAAUUAUUUAUUUAUAACUUAUAUCAAAAUGCUUUUAAUUCGAUAAGAAAAUAUCAAUAAUGUGUCUAGUAAAAUAGAUGGUCCAAUUUGGCGUUUCUAUCUAACAAGUAAUGUAGUUGAAUAACGUUAGAUAUAUUGAAAUUUAUCUUAACAAUUUCCGAAUAUAGAGAUAUUCUCUUGCUAAAAGUAGAGGGAGAGGAGUAAUUAAAUUUAAGUACAGAGGGAAACAAAACGCUCUCGUAGUUAUACGACAAAAGAGAUUCGCCAUUCUAGUCAUGGAAUUUCUAUCAAACUCGUCUAAAUAUAUGUACACACAUACAUACAUAUGUAUUUUUUAUAUACGUAC